UUUUUUUUGUGUGUCAGAGUCUUUUUUUUUUCUUCUUCCCCAGUUCCAUGGUCGCACCUGGGACAGAAGAGAGAGGUGGUGCCUGUAAUGGCAAGAGAUCGAGCGCCAUUUCACUGUCUUUUUGAUGACGUGUACUAAGAUCUCUGCAGACGAGAGAGUACUCGGUCCUCCCGUUUUUUCUCUGUUGUAUGAUAUCGGCCUUUGAAAGCAGCGCUUUCAGAGCAGAAAAGCUGGAUGGUGUAGCAGAGAAUAGGAAAUGGAUAAAAGUUAAGGGAGAGAGAGAGAAUUUAUGGUGAAUAAAAGGUAAGGAAGGGAGGGAGGGAGGGAGAGAGAGAGAGAGGGAGGGAAUUUAUGGUGAAUAAAAGGUAAGGGCGCUUUACGAGAUUGUCAGCUGACAAGGGAAUUGAGGAAUAUACUUUCUCGCUAGACGCGAUACUUGACAGAGAGGUGAGAAAGGGAGAAGUGGAGUAUAUAAUCGACUAUGUUUUCCAUUUUGAUUUAGGUUUAGCGACGUUGUCCGUUUAAUGAAAACCCAAGCUUUUAUUAGUAAAUUAAAUAGGGGUGGUAGGGAAAUCAAUUAUUUCUCCACAUUUAAGAGACCGUUCUUCAUUCUUUUCUCACACUCUCUGUCUCUUCUGCUAAAUUUGUGGAGAAGUGGAGGAUAUUUGGAAACAUGAGCUGUUUCCUCCUGCGCCUUUUUGAACUUCCAAAAAAACACUUUUUAGUGGAAUUAGUCAUUCCAUUUUUUUUUUUAAGAGAGAGAUCCUCUUUAACCAAGCAAAUUAGCUUUAGAUAUAAGAAAGGAAAGCCCAAUACCCCCUUCGACUUCUUCCCAUUUUCCGAUAUCUCUGGGACUGAGCCCAGCUAUCCCAUCUGCCAACCUCUUUCCCUCCCUCAUCUGCCUCCCGCUCACGUUGAGUUUUCUAAUGGCUAUCCUUUAUGGGUUUUGUCUAUUAACUCCCAAUAGUUGAAUGGGCUCCGGGUGGGAAGGACAUUGCCCUGUUUCUUUCGGGGACAUCCUCUUGUCUUGUAAUGCAGUUCAUCACGAGGGGUUGACAGAACCUCCAAGCCAGUUCCCCAUUUCUAGCUCUUCUACUCUCUAUUCCGGCCGGAAUUUGUCAGGUGCCGGCGGCCGGGAAAUGGGUCGGGCUACACGGUGGCUGAGGAGUCUCCUGGGCGGGAAGAAGGGGAUUAAGGAGCCGAAGGACUACACCAGUUGUGGGGCUGAAGAGAGGAGGGAGAAGAAACGGUGGAGCUUUGGGAAGUCAGCUAGGGACCUUGGCGAAGUGGUUGUGGGCCAGAAUCCUUCUACAGCGGUGUCAGUGGACACGGACACGGCAUGGUUGAGGUCUAUCUAUGCUAAGACUGAGAAGGACCAGAACAAGCAUGCUAUCGCAGUGGCGGCGGCCACGGCCGUAGCUGCCGAUGCUGCCAUGGCGGCGGCACAGGCGGCAGUCGCGGUGGUUAGGCUCACAAGCAAGGGGAGAGGCGCCACUAUUGGAGUCCACGAGCGGCAGGCGGCUGUGAAGAUCCAGACUGCUUUCAGAGGCUAUUUGGCAAAGAAAGCUCUCCGGGCUCUCAAAGCACUUGUUAAGUUGCAGGCCUUGGUUCGAGGCUAUCUAGUUCGCAAGCAGGCAGCGGCAACCCUUCAGAGAAUGCAAGCUCUCAUCAGAGCUCAGGCCACCGUUCGAGCUCAGAAGUGUCGCAAUCUUCUUCCAAAUGACCGGAGGUUUCAACCAGAAAUCCGCUCCAGGGGAUAUCUGGAAAGGUUCGACGAUACAAGGAGUGAACGCUUGGCAUCAGUCCACAACCGGAGACUAUCGGCUUGUCUUGACAAUGCUUCCAAUAUUGGAUUCGACCGGAGCCCAAAGAUCGUCGAAAUCGACACCGGCCGGCCCAGGUCGCGAUCUGCCCGCCGGACCAGCCCCUCCGUUCCGGACCUGGCCGACGACCUGCCCCCCCAGUCAAUCUACUCCCCUCUUCCUUGCCAGAUUCCGGCCCGGAUCUCCAUUCCCGACCGCCGGAACUUCCAGGACUGCGACUGGUGCCUCACCGGCGAGAAAUGCCGGUUCUCAGCCACAGCGCGGAGCACCCCCCGCUACAUGAGUUACACCCAAAACAUGCCAGUGACUCCAGCCAAGAGUUUGAGCGGCGCUGACGGAGUCUUCCGCCGGUUUCUAAACGCUCCCACUUGCCCAAGUUAUAUGGCAAACACUCAGUCCUUCGAGGCAAAAGUCCGGUCGCAUAGCGCACCGAGGCAGAGGCCAGAGCCGGCCGGGACAAGAAAAAGGCUCCCUUUGAGUGAACUAAUGGUGGAGUCUAGAGCCAGUCUCAGCGAUGUUGGAAUGCAGAAGUCUUGCACUCAAGCUCAAGAGGCUUUCAACUUCAGGAGUGCCGUUGUGGGCCGGAUUGAUAGGUCUUCAGAGUUAAGCUGGGAAGCAGAGAGGGAGAUCUACUUGCAGAGGAAGUGGUAAUCCGUUGAGUUCAAACUUUAGAAUAAGAGAGUGAAGUCCUCUUCUUUGCAUUAUUUAUCCCUUUUCGUUUCCUGUUGCUGUAACAACAUUAGAAGAGAAAUCAGAGAGUGGUUUGGUGUCAAUUCUUAGAAUCUAUCCAAUUCUAAGUUUCCUUUGUUUCACGCCGGACUUUCAUUUAAAAAAUGUUAAAUGUCUUAUCACUGGAA